AUGAAGUUCACAGCCCCGCAGCUAAUGAAGCAACCCUUGGAGCAAAGGGACAAAAGCAAGCAUUGCGCUUAUCACCGAGAUUAUAGGCAUUCAACCAAUGAUUGCAGAUCCCUUAGGCGACAAGUGGAAAAUAUGAUAGCCCGAGGAGAGUUGGUUGACUACCUCAUGACAAAGGAGUAUGUGAAGCCCCGCGAGGUCAAUCCUCGCAAGGUAGAAAGAACUCAGGUAAAGGUCAUUCACGCAAUAUAUGGCAGAUCUGAAGAUGAUCAAGAGUCCGAGGUGAUAUACAGAUCCAGAUUGAGGGUAGCCCAUAAGCUCAGGAAGAUAUCCUCAGUCCAUGCUAUCACUUCGGGUAGCAUCAGUAUUGGAUUCGGUGAUGGCGAUCUAUCUAGAGUUCAGCUCCCCCAUGAGGAUCCAUUGGUCAUUAGUCUUUUAGUGGCAAAUUGCAUAAUCAAGAGGGUUUUGAUAGACUCAGGAAGUAACGCCAACAUCAUCACAAAGAUAGUCUUUGAGCAGCUAGAGAUCCCGACAUCAUCUAUUCGACCUACCUCCAGCCCAUUGAUGGGGUUCGAUGGCACAAGAGUAGAUCCCCUUGGAGUAAUAGACUUAUCCGUAAUUGCAGCGAAGAGGACUCUAAAAGAGAACUUUGUUUUAACAGAGAUCCAUCCUUCUUAUAAUCUCAUCAUGGGAAGAGAUUGGAUAUACCGGAUGAGAGGAGUUCCGUCCACCCUUCACCAGGUGAUGCGGUGCUUGUCUCUGGACAGAAAAGAAGUGAUUAACCUAUGGGGCGAUCAAGUCGCAGCGAAAGAAUGCUAUAUGCUGACACAGGCUGAAGCAAAAAAGGUGUUUACUCAGCAGCAACCAGAGGAGGAAGAGGAAAUUGCAAAGCCUAUCGAGGAGACCCUUAAAGCCGUAGAAUUUAUCCUCGACGGCCCUCAGAAGGUCACUUAUUUAGGCUCUUCUUCCACGUCCGAAGAAAAGGAAGCAUUAAUUGAUGUCAUUCGAAGCAAUACAGAUGCUUUUGCAUGGCAUCACUCAGACAUGGGUCAUGCCCUUCGGUUGAAGAACGCCGGGGCUACUUAUCAACGCCUUGUUAAUAAGAUCUUUGACAAUUUGUUAGGGAAGACGGUUGAAGCAUACAUAGAUGACAUGGUGAUCAAAAGUGUGAAGAAAGAAGACCAUCCGAAGCACCUCCAGGAAGUUUUCAAUACUCCAAAGAAGUAUAAUAUAAAGCUGAAUCCAUCCAAGUGCUCCUUUGCGGUGUUAUCAGGUCAAUUCCUUGGUCAUAUAGUGAAUAAAAGAGGGAUAGAGGUAAGCCCGGCUCAGGCUAAGGCUCUCGUGCAAAAUCAGGAACCAAAAAAUCGUAGGGAGGUGCAAGUUCUUACCGGUCGGAUCGCAGCCCUCAGCCGGUUUAUAUCCCGAUUAUCAGAUAAAUGCAAACCAUUCUUUGAUGUCAUAAGAUCUAAGAAUAAAGAUAUAUGGGGUCCUCAGCAACAGGAGGCCCUCAAUCAGUUGAAAGGUUAUAUGGCCAAACCACCAAUUCUAUCUGCUCCAAAACCCGGGGAGGUUCUUAUUAUGUAUUUAGCAAUUUCUAGCAUAGCGACAAGUGCAGCAUUGAUUAGAGAGGAAGGAAAGAGGCAACAUCUAGUCUUCUACACAAGUAAGACAAUGACAGAUGCGGAGACACGGUAUAGCAAAGCAGAUAAAAUCAUCCUAGCCUUGGUUUAUGCCAAGAGAAAGUUUCGGCAUUAUUUUGAAUCCCAUAGCAUUGUGGUACUCACCAACUAUCCUAUACAGGGUAUACUCUCUAAGCCAGAUCUAUCUAGGAGAAUUACCAAAUGGGCUAUCGAGCUUAAUUCCUACGACAUAACUUAUGAGCCGAAGGUGUCGCACAAGGGACAAAUCGUAGCAGAUUUUCUUUUAGAAUAUGAAGACACUCCUGAAGAGCCAGAACCUCCUGAACCAUAG